AUGAAUCCCAGCCAUGAAGAAACUAUGAAUAAAAUCAGUGUGGUGAACCUUGAUAAACUUUUAGAUAACUUCUCAGAGAUAGAAAAGAAAAUAUCAGAAAUUAACGAAGCAAAUAACCUACUGGUUCUUCAGCUGGAAAAAUGUAACAGCUUGUUAACAUUAAGCCAAGCAAAGGAGGAAUCAGUAAAAGAAGAAUGUACUACUCUACAGAAUGUGAUAAAAGGUCUAACAAAAACCAUUGAAAACCAGUGUAAUGUGAAAGAUGAAAAUGAUAGACUGAAGGGUACCAUUCACAGCUUGGAAGAGAAAUUAAAGGCUUGUGAACAGGAAUAUGAAGAUCGGAUUGAGAAACUUAUGAUGGAAAUUAAAAACAGAGACGAAGACCACAAAUUAAAAAUAACACAGUUGAAUUGCGAUAUAAGAAAAAAAUUUGAAGCAAAAGAAGUGGAGUAUAGAGAACAGAGGGAGAAAAAAGAACUGGAAAUACUAGAGCUAACUAGACAGCUGACAAUUCAGAAUGAAGAGAAGCAGAAUGAAAUAAUUAAACUGCAGAUGGAG